GGUGUAACAGAAAAAGGCCGGAAGAGGACUUGACCGCGGGAAACUUAACCAACAUGGCGCCCGCAGAAGACAAAUAAAACUGUUUUUCAUCUUUUAUUAAGAGAUACACUCUUACACGGGCCCGAAGUGGGACUAAAGCAGACCCAGGAUGGAGACGAGAGUCGUCUUUGCGUUUAAGACAGAACACACAGAUGUGGCCCCUGAUCACUCUCACCUAGAGGAGAGGCAAAUCAAACAGGAGGAGGAGACAGGAGUGAAGGAGGAGAGAGGAGAGAGGGAGCAGAGGGAAGAGCAGGAGGAGAGGGGGAUCAAACAGGAGGAGGAGGAGAAGGAGGAGAGAAGGAAAGGAGGAGUGAAGGAGGAGAGAGGGGAGAAUAGGGGGAAAGAGGAGAGAGAGAAAGAAGUGAAAGAGGAGAGAGAGGAGAAAAGGGUGAGAGAGGAGGAGAGCGAGAAGGAAGGAGUGAAGGAGGAGCAAGGGGAGAAAAGGGUGAGAGAGGAGGAGAGAGAGAAAGAAGGAGUGAAGGAGAGAGGGGAGAAAAGGAUGAGAGAGGAGGAGAGAGACAAAGGAGUGAAGGAGGAGAGGGAGGAGAAAAGGGUGAGAGAGGAGGAGAGAAGAUUGAGUGAGGAGAGAGGGGUGAGGGAGGAGAGAGGGAACUUAGUGUGGACAGAGAAUAGAGAUGAGGAAAAUGCUAAACCUGAAGAGGCAGGAAAUGACGUCAUUCCCGAAGCCCCAUCCCCAGUGACAUCACAGCUCAGAACGCGGGCCGAGUACAGGUGCAGUGUGUGCGCACGAACGUUCCGGAAGAAACGUGACUUGGUGGGUCACAUGACACGGCACACGGGACAGAAACCAUUUAAAUGUGAUGCGUGUGGGCUAGCCUUCUGUCGGACUGAGACUCUGAGGAAGCAUAGACCCAACUGCAGCGGCUCUGAGGGGCUGUUCACCUGCAAGGUCUGUGGGCGGAGCUACACACACCGCGGUUAUAUGCUCAUGCACAUGAACUCCGCCCACACAGACCGCCGCCUCACGUGCACGGUUUGCGCGCGGACGUUUGUCCACAACUCUCAUCUGCUCAGCCACAAAUGCUUCCAUGUGAGGGAGAGACCGGCAGAGGAGGGGAGACUGGAGGGAGGAGGAGACAAGGGGGUAGGAGAUGUGGAGGAGUGGCUAGGAAGUGAGUUCAUAGCAGAGAGACAAGGGGACGAGGGGCUAGGAAAGGACUUAGGAAACAGGGUACAAAGUGAGGAGUUAGGAGGCAAGGGGCUAGAAGAGAUCGGAGGAGCUGAUGGCAGAAGGGACAAAGGAAAUGAGGAGACAACAAGAGGAGACAAGGAAGAGACGAGCAAACAGAAGAAAAAAGAGUCCCAGUUCGUGUGCAGUUUUUGUGGUAAAGUCUUCACUCAAAAUGGCAGCUUGUACCGGCACACACGCAUCCACACAGGCGAGCGCCCACACGCCUGUCCUCUGUGCGGUAAAACAUUCCCGUGGCCUGCCGACCUCAAACGGCACCUGAGGUACCACUCAUCUGAUCGGCCGUACGUGUGCGAGGUCUGUGGCCGCGCCUUCAUUGCUAAUGAGGCUCUGAUCUCCCAUCGGCGCACACACAGCGGCACCAAACCUUUCACCUGUACAGUCUGUGCCAAAGGCUUUACCAGGAGGCACCAGCUACAGGAACAUCUCAGACUGCACACUGAGACCAGAGAGUACCGCUGUGACCUGUGCGGGCACCUCUAUCGCAAACAGGGGGCGCUACACAACCACCUGCGAAAGCAGCACGGGAUACUGCAGGGGGAGGAGGGGGAGCACGGGGUACAGCAGGGAGAGGACGGGGAGGGUGAAGAAAGAGAGAAGGAGCAAGAGGUGAGAGAGGGAUAGGAGAAGAGGAGGGAAAGGGGGAGGAACAGAGGGGGUUAAGAGGAGGAGCCCCCCCCCCAUCUUUUUACUU